AUGGAUGACGAGUCUCGCAAGUUUACUGAGCUCUAUAGAAGCCUUAUGAAGGGGGACAAGUCCAAAGUAAUGGAAAAAUAUGCAGAGUUGAGACAGUCUAGUGGUGAGGCCUUAUCGAUUUACGGCGAUACAAUUCUCCACAUGGCAAUCUACAUGGGACAAGAGAGUAUCGCCCGAGAAAUCCUGAUGAGACAUAAUCCACCACUGACUAAGCAAAAUGCACUAGGGGAUACCAUUCUCCAUGAGGCUGCGGCAGCCAAUAUGACAAGCCUUGCCAAGGAUUUGUUAAUAUUAGGUCCAAAUUUGCUGUCCAUACAAAAUAAAAAUGAGGAAACACCUCUCUUCAGAGCUGCCCACUUUGGCCACACCGAAAUGUUCGAGCUCCUAGCUGAGUUGGUGCGUAAAAAAGGCGAGGCUGAUUGGCUCCAUUGGACAAACAAGGUUGGAUCUACCAUUCUUCACAUGGCAAUUCUUUCUGAGUUCUUUGACCUCGCACUGAAAAUAGCCAUGAAAUAUCCAGACUUAGUAAAUAAAGAAGAUGGAGAUCGGAUGAAAGGACUUCAGCUCCUCUCAUACAAUUCAUCAGCAUUCAGAAGUGGAAGGAAAUAUGGAUUACUCAAGAGAUUCAUCUAUUACUGCAUCCCUAGUGAAGACAUUGUGGUAAAAGAAGAUAGUCCUCGACGAAAAGGCCCUGAGUUGCCUCCCAUGCACAUCAUUUGUCUGCACUUCUACUUCACGGUAGUACAUGCACUAACUUCAGGUACACAAAAGCUAUAG